AUGCAAGCAUCGGAACCGGGCAGUCUGGACGUCCGAUCCUCGCACGGAGCUACGCGCUACAUCGAAUACCAUAUGCACUACGCCGAACUGAAGCAUGACGGCUCAUUCAUCCAUAUUGUAGGGGCCAGUGGCGUGAAAGUGGGUGUUUGGGUGAAGGCUGCACAAAUGGUAAACCCAGUGCAUCCAGGGCAUGCACCUGCUACCGAAACGCUGCAUGGCUACAGUCUAGAGCAGCAGCUACGGGGCGGAACUUCUAGAUCCCACCCUCCUCUGGUCCGCAACAGAGGUCUGCACCACCAUCCUCUGCGCGUGCAUCCCCCCAUCUUGCGUCCGCUGUAUUUGCGCAUCGUACGCGGGGCGGAUCACGCGUGCGGCUCGAGCGGGCGCAUGUAUUUGUAUCCCCCCACUGAGCGCAAGAGCAAGAGAGGUGUGAGCGACGGUGAGAGUAUGGCGUAUGCGUGUGCAGGGUUGGAGGGUGUAGCGGGCGGCCGAGAUCGGGACGGGGAGUACUAUUGGGUCGGAGAGUGA